CCUUUGGAUGCUUUUCAAGAAAUUCCUCUAGAAGAAUACAAAGGAGAAAGGUUUUGUUAUGGAUGUCAGGCAGAAUUGAAAGACCAGCAUGUCUACGUUUGUGCUGUGUGCCAGAAUGUUUUCUGUGUGGACUGUGACGUUUUUGUUCAUGAAUCUCUACACUGCUGUCCUGGCUGUAUUCAUAAGAUUCCAACUCCUUCAGAUGGCCAGUGCAGAGGAGGCACCUGAGGAGAAGACUUCCCGGCAUGAAUAUGGCUUGCUUUCAGCCCUGUCUGGCUUUCUGGGCACAGAUCUAGUUCAGCUUAGAAAGGAAGUAGAUGAAGAGCAGCACAGAGCCCGCAAAGAGGUUAAGAAAGGUUUUAAUGCAUACAUGCGCAAUGAGGAAAAGCGGUUGAAGACUUUUAUGACCUAUAACUUGGACAGUUGCUGGACACCCCAGGAGAUGGCAGCUGCUGGCUUUUACUUUACUGGAAUAAAAUCAGAGAUUCAGUGCUUCUGCUGUAGCUUAAUCCUCUUUGACACCAACUUCUGGAAACUUCCCUUGGGAGAGCACAAGAAAUUUCAUCCCGAUUGUGAGUUCCUUUUGGGCAAAGACGUUGGCAACAUAUCCAAGUAUGAUGUAAGAGUGAAGAGCCCAGCCUGUGAGCUGAAAGGGGACAAAGCUAAGUACCAAGAAGAGGAGGCCAGACUGGAAUCCUUCCAGACCUGGCCGUUUUAUGUGCAGGGGAUACCCCCUCAGGAACUCUCCGCGGCUGGCUUUGCUUUCACAGGUAAAAGGGACACUGUACAGUGUUUUUCCUGUGGCGGAUGCUUAGGAAAUUGGGAAGAAGGAGAUGACCCUUGGAAGGAGCAUGCCAAGUGGUUUCCCAAGAAUCAAAAUUCAAAUGAUGCAUCUCUGGCAGCUCUGCCACUGUCUAAUGAGGGAGAACAUUUUGUGAAUUCCUGGAUCCAGAGAGAAUUACCUAUGGCAUCAGCUUACAACAGUGACAGUGUCUUCGCUAAUGAAGAACUACGCCUAGACACUUUUAAGAACUGGCCUCACAAAUUCUCUUCGAAAGUUUCACUUCUGGCCAAAGCAGGUCUCAUCUUCACAGAAAUUAAGGACAUUGUGCAUUGCUUUUCCUGUGGCUUGUGUAUGGAGAAAUGGAAAGAAGAUGAUGACCCAUUGAAAGAUCAUAUCAAAUAUUCUCCCAGGAAACCACAAAAGCAAGCAAGGAAGUUUCAGCAGCAGUUCAUUCUAGAGUGCCAGGUCCCCGUGGGCAGCAGGAGACUUGGAUUGUUUUGGAGAUUACAGUGUGAGAAUCAUGCAGCGACAAGACUGAGACAUGAGUGUGAAUCCAGCUGUGCUUCUUCUCUUUCUCUGUCCACAGAGGAAGCGCCAAGGGAAACGCAGUGCUUGCAGAAGGCAAAGAGACUGAGUGAACAACUGAGGGCAGCCUACAUCAAAGCUAGUUUCCGCCACAUGUCUUUGCUUGGGAUUUCUCCCAAUCAACCCACUGACAGAUUGCUGGGAUGCGAUCUGUCCAUUGUUUCUAAGCAUAUCAGCAGCCCAGCCCAAGAAGCCCUGAUGAUGCCCGAGGUCUUGGCCAACCUAAACUCCAUCAUGUGUGUGGAGGGAGAAGUGGGGAGCGGGAAGACAGUCUUCCUGAAGAAAAUUGCUUUUCUCUGGGCAUCAGGAUGCUGUCCGCUGCUGAACAGGUUCCAGCUGGUCUUCUUCCUCUCCCUCCGUCCUACUGGACAGGACAGGGGGCUGGCCAACAUCAUUCAUGACCAACUCCUAGACAAAGAAGAUGCUCUUACUGAAGAGUGCCUAAGGAACAUCAUCCAGCAGUUCAAGAACCAGGUGUUAUUUCUUCUGGAUGACUACAGUGAAAUGUACUCAAUCCCACAGGCCAUACAGAUGAUUCUCAGAAACCACACAUCACGGACCUGCUUACUGAUCGCGACCCAUAGAAACAGAACUCGGGACAUCCGCCAAUACCUCCAUACAGUUCUUGACAUUCAAGAUUUUCCCUUCUAUAACACUGUGUAUAUAUUACGGACACUCUGCCCAUAUAAUUUUAUUCGUCUGCUGAAGUUUUAUGUUUACUUUGAAAAAAACCAAGAUGUACAGGGAAUUCUGAAGACGCCACUGUUCGUGGCAGCCAUCUGGGCUAAUUGGUCUCAGUACCCUUUACACCUGUUUUUUGAUGAUGUGGCAGUUUUCAAGUCCUAUAUGGAACAUCUUUCCUCGAGGGACCAAACAAACAAUGAAUCUCUCAAAGCAACAGUGUCCUCCUGUGGUCAGCUAGCCUUGAAAGGGCUUUUUGCAUCUCGCUUUGAGUUUGAUGUUGAUGACCUCAGGGAAGCAGGACUGGAUGGAGAUGGAAGUCUAACCACGUGUUUCAUGAGCAAGUUCACUGCCCAGAGAUUAAGACCAGUCUAUCGGUUUUUAAAUCCUGCUUUCCAAGAAUUUCUUGCCGGGAUGAAGCUGAUUGAACUCCUGGAUUCAGAUAGGCAGGAAGAGCAAGAGUUGGGAGUUUCUUAUUUGAAAGAAAUUAAUUCCUCCUUGAAGGCUGUAUUCCUCUAUAAGAAGUUUUUGAUUUAUGUCUCUAGCCAGCCUUCAACAAAGGUGGGACCAAAAUUGGUAUCUCAUUUGCUUCAGUUGGUGGAUCAUAACGAGUCAUUGGAGAGUGUAUCCGAAAAAGAUGAGUACCUGCAGAUCCAGCUGGAAAGUUCACCAUGCAUGCAGUUAAUGUGGGAUAUGUGGAAAAUCUAUCCAGAGACUUUCUUUGCAUAUGCUUCAUUGCGAUUACUGGAUCUUGCUUUAAAAGUCGCUUGUCAAAGCAGCACGAUGGCUACAUGUUCUCUAUUUUUCCUGCAGUUCUUUCAAGGAAGGACACUGGGUUUGGAAGAACUUGCAUCAGAGUACUUCUUUGACUAUCCAGAAAGCCUGUUAGUAUUGAAGAGCAUCAAAGUCACCCUAAAUGGGAAGGAGCCACCACCCUGGCUAUGUUUGCCAGACUUGGAAAGAUGUUACGACAAAUCACAGAUACCAGCCGUAGAUGCAGACUAUGCGGCUGCCUUUGAAUCUAUGAAGGAAUGGGAGCAAAAUAUUGCUGAGAAAAAAGAGACCAUACACAAGCAUCUGAGUAGGAGACUCACUAAGGCUCCCAGGCUCUGUGGAGGCUAUUGGAAACUGUCUCCCCCACCCCACAAGAUCCCUCUCCUGGAAGUCCAUGUGAGCAAUAUGGAUGCUGCCGACCAGGAAAUGCUCAGAGUUCUCAUGACUGCUUUCUCAGUUUCUCAACGCAUUGAACUUCAUUUAACAAACAGCACCAGCUUCCUGGAAAGCAUCCGCCCAGCCCUGGAGCAGCACAGAACCUCUGUCACCAGGUGUUCCAUAGACCGCUUUGAGCUCAGUACAGCAGAGCAAGAGCUGCUUCUCAGCCUGCCUUUCUUGGAGUCUCUUGAUAUCUCAGAGACGGUCCAGCUGCAAGACCAAAUCUUAGCUAACUUGGACAAGUUCCCAUGCCUUAAAGAAUUAUCUGUGAAAUUAGACAAUCAACGAGAUGUCUUUUCAGUCAUUCCGGAAGAAUUCUCAAAGCUCCACCAUAUGGAGAAAUUAUGGAUUCAAAUUUUCUCUGAGAAGGAUUCCUCCAAACUGGUCAAAUUGAUUCAGAAUUCUCCAGACCUUCGUGUUUUCUACUUGAAAUGCUAUGUCUUGGACUUUGAGUCUCUUAUGAAUGCACUUGUUUCAUGCAAGAAACUUGAAGAAAUUCAGUUUUCUGGACGAUGUUUUGAAGUCACCCCAUUUGUCACCAGUUUGCCAAAUUUUACUUCCCUGAAGAUACUAAAUCUUAAUCUGCAAUACUUCCCUGAUAAAGAAACAUCAGAAAAAUUUGCUUCAGCCUUGGGUUCUCUUACUAAGCUGGAAGAACUGAACCUACCCACUGGGGAUGGAAUUCAACAAGUGGCCAAACUGAUUGUCCAGCAGUGUCAACAGCUUCCAUGCCUCCGAGUCCUCUCCUUCUUCCAGACUUUGAGUGAUGAUAGUAUCAUGGAAAUUGCCCAGGCAGCCAUCAGUGGAGGUUUCCAGAAGCUUGAGAAGUUAAAUCUUUCACUCAAUCACAAGGUCACAGAAGAAGGAUACAGAACUUUCUUCCAGGCACUGGACAACCUGCCAGCUUUGCAAGAGUUGGACAUCUCCAGGUAUUUUACACACUGUAUCAAAGUGCAGGCCACCACAGUGAAGGCACUGAGCUAGUGUGUGCUACGCCUGCCGAGUCUCACCACACUCAGCAUGCAAAGUUGGCUCCUGGAUACAGAGGACAUCAUACUUCUCAAUGUCAUGAGAGAAAGACACCCUCAAACUAAACACUUCACUAUUUUCUGGAAAUGUAUAUUACCAAUAGAGAAACAGCUCACACAGAACAAACAAGAGUGAAUCUUAACCAGGAUCUGCAUGCACCUUUUUCCAAGCUAUUGCUUUACCUGUAUAAGAUCUCUUCGGGAUACUUGACCAAAAUUGCCGAGUACAGCUCGCUUAUGCACUACCAAUGGGAGAAACAAAUAAGGUCUAGGGAAAACUGCCUUUAUUCCAGUGGCUUUGAAGAAUUUACCAUAUAUUACUAUGGCUUUAACAUUUUCUUAGGAAUUCAUUCUACUCAAAAUCCAUGGUGUGA